AAUCUUCUCCUAGAAGAUAAGCAACUGCGCGACGGAUACGACAACGGCCACAGCCACUUCGAAGCAGGCGAGAGUCGGGUUCAGUUCGCUUUCAUGUGAAGCUGUUAUUUGUUUUUAUUUGUCGAGUGUGUGCCUAACGAAAAUGGGAAUCAACAAUAACGGCAAUCUGUCUGGCCGAACGUUGUUCAUUACGGGUGCAUCGCGGGGCGUCGGAAAAGCGAUCGCACUGAAGGCGGCUCGCGAUGGGGCGAAUGUUGUGAUAGCGGCCAAAACGGCCGAACCCCAUCCGAAGCUGCCGGGGACGAUCUACACGGCGGCUGCCGAGGUGGAAGCGGCCGGCGGAAGAGCUCUGCCAUGCGUGGUUGAUGUGCGUGAUGAGGUGGCCGUGCGGGCGGCUGUCAGCGCAGCGGUCGCCACAUUCGGCGGGAUUGAUAUAGUGGUGAAUAACGCGAGCGCAAUAUCGCUCACUGGAACCGAGCGGACCGAGAUGAAGCGGUACGAUCUGAUGAACAAUAUCAACACGAGAGGAACGUUUUUGGUAUCGAAAGAGUGUCUGCCUUACUUGAAGCGAAGUAGCCACGCUCACAUAUUGAACAUCUCACCGCCUCUGGAGAUGCACCCAGAGUGGUUCGGAGGGCACGUGGCUUACAGUAUCGCCAAGUUCGGGAUGUCUAUGUGUGCUCUUGGGAUGGCCGAUGAGUUCAAGAACGUCCCAAUUGCCGUCAAUACGCUCUGGCCAGCGGCUAUUGUUCACACGGCCGCGGUCGAUAUGCUGCACGGAAGCGGAGUGGAAAAGAUAUCCCGAAAGGCGGAAAUAAUGGCCGAUGCCGCGUACGCAAUUCUGGCUAAGGAUCCUCGUGUUUGCACCGGUAAUUUCUACAUCGAUGAGGAUGUUCUGCGAGGGGAAGGCAUACAUGAUUUCUCCGAGUAUUCUUGUGUUCCGGGUAAUGAAGACCGUCUACAGCGGUGCAUCUUCGUGAAGCAGGCUAACAAAGCUAAAUUGUAAACAUUGCGAAAACACCUUUUCGCAUGCGUAGAACAUGAACGAAAUUCCUCGGACGCACAAUGCGUUGAACCGAAAACAAAAACAAAUUUUUAAAUGUUUUUUUUUUCCGGGUGUCCAAUGCACUCAUACUUGUUUAUGUAUGCCUAAAACUAUGAAAACAAGUAUUAGUGAGCUAGAUAAAGCAUCACAACUACUAACAAAAGCAGCUGAACUGUCAACUUCUGGUGAGAUUAUUGCAUGC